AGUCUAUAUAAGAAGUCCGCGGCGCGCGCGCGCGUCACUCUAGUUCCAUCCAUCUUGCGGGCAGCCGGCGUGCCAUCCACAGCGACAUAAUGGACAGAAUAAUAACCCUCCUCGGUCUGCUCGCGGCCUGCCUGGCGGUGACCAGCGCGCAGUACAACCAGCAGACGACCACGCCCGUGCCCAUCCUCAAGCAGAUCAACAGACACAACGAGGACGGCUCCUACAGCUACGGCUACGAGGGCGCCGACGGCUCCUUCAAGAUCGAAACCAAGUUAGCGAACGGCGAGGUGCAGGGCAAGUACGGCUACGUCGACGAUUCGGGCAGCAUCAGGGAGGUGGAAUACGGCGGCGGCAAGCGCGGAUUCGAGGUGGCAGGGCCAGGCAUCAACGUCCCGCCGCCCACACUCGUCAACAACGACCUGGGCAGCACCGACUACGACGACGGCCAGUACCGCGAGGACCCCAGCAUCUACCUCAAGGAGACCGCGAAUGGCGGCCGCCCCGGACUCGCCGGCGGGCCAGGCUUGUCCCUGCCGCCCCCGUCCCGGCCCGCGCCCCGGCCCGCACCCAUCCAGCACCAGUACACGUCGCCUGCGUACCAAGCCAGGACGCCGAGCCACGUGCAGCAGCACUUCUCGCAGCAACCUGCCUACAGACCGGCGCCCGCCUACAACCCGCCCGCGCCCGCCUACAAUCCCGCGCCGGCCUACAACCCCGCACCCGCCUACAACCCCGCGCCCGCCUACAACCCCGCGCCCUACUACAACCCUGCGCCUUACCAGGUCGAUCCGAACCAGUUCUACGGACACCCGGCCAGGAACAUAGACAUCAGGACCGGGUCGUACUCGGUGCAGUACAACGGCUGAAGUCCGCAUAGAGACACCGCGCCUUCUCUUGUACAAAUUUGCGUUUAAGAUGGUUAGGUUGUAAGCUCCAAUGCUCAAGGGGGGACGUCUCAUAUCUGAUAAACGAGAAUUGGGAUGCAGUGUUGUGUUGAAGAGUAAAGAGCUGAUGCUAAUCACGUCGAGGUAAGUCAUGUCGCGCGGAAACGCGCGGAAAAGGAAGAGAGACAACUGAUGUAUUAUUAAAAAACAAAGAUGCAUGCUUUUUAUUUGGACAGCAGCGAAUGCGCUAGUCAGGUUAGACUGAUUCUGCUAUAAAUAGCCGUUCCUCAUGCCAUAGAAUGUUACCAUUCGUACCCCUCGUGUACUAAUGAUAGCAGUGAGCCAACGGCUUGUUGACUAUCAAGACUACCCUGAACACGAUUGUGAAAAAAUAAAAGAGGUGUUGUUUUGAAA